AGUUCUGACCUCAAUUAUUUGAAGACGAAUUAAACAAAUCAAUAACGGAGGAUUACGGAAGGGAACAACUUCAGUCAACGGCGGUAGCUGGUCACGGUGAGUCGGUGACGGGGUUGUUUCCCGGCGAUCUCAACAGCGGCGGUGAACCGGCGUCACAGCGGCGGCGGUACUGCUUCUCCUCCGCUGCCCGGCUCUGUUCUCGUAGUUCCCUGCUCUGUUUUCUUUCUCUGCUUUUGCGUGCGUGCGUAGUGUAUAUAGAGAGAACAUCUUGUCUCAAAACACACGCAUCGAUUCAUUACAAGUACCUGGACAAAUUUCCCACUUUUUCUCUCGUUUCAAUUAUCCCAAAAAAUAAUUUUUUGGAUCUAAAGUUCGGGAUAAUUGAAUUCAGACUGAUGGAGGGAGAGGUGGUCGGAACAUCGUCGCCGGCGUACACCGCCGAGACGAACGGGGCUCUGAGAUGUGGAUUUGAGGGCGGUGUCGUAACUAGGUCGAAAUCGAUUGAAUUCCCUCUGUCGUUUUGGGAGAUCGCAGUCGCGAGCGGCGUCGUUUUGGGCUUUGCGUUCGGUCUGCUCGGCGUAUAUCUCACCAUGCCGCCUUCUGAUUACAGCUUUCUCAAGAUUCCUCGGACUAUUGAAGACAUCCAAAUGUUAAGGGAUCAACUGGAGAGUUAUACGAGUGACUACACUAUGCAGGUCCUGUUUGGCUACUGUGUGGUGUACAUUUUUAUGCAGACGUUUAUGAUCCCAGGGACAAUUUUCAUGUCUUUACUUGCGGGUGCUCUAUUUGGAGUCUUUAAAGGGGUAGCGCUUGUAGUGUCUGCUGCCACUGCCGGUGCCUCCUCUUGCUUUUUCUUGUCCAAAUUAAUUGGCCGGCCCCUUGUCUUCUCCAUCUGGCCUGAUAAGUUGAGUUUCUUCCAGAACCAGGUGGCAAAGCGGAGGAAACGGCUGUUGAACUACAUGUUAUUCCUUAGAGUGACGCCUACACUGCCCAACACAUUUAUUAAUGUUGCUUCUCCAAUUGUUGAUGUGCCUUACCACAUUUUCUUUCUGGCGACAUUCAUUGGUCUUAUUCCUGCGGCUUAUGUUACUGUCCGGGCAGGAAUUGCUCUUAGCGAGUUGCGAUCAUUGGGGGACUUGUAUGACUUCAACUCCAUAGCUACACUGUUUCUUAUAGGAGCGGUGAGCAUUACCCCUACAUUGAUAGGAAGCAAUAGUAGCAAAGCCUAAUACAAUGCCUAUUCCAUAACUUCGCUGAACAAUUGCAAGGGCAAUUUCGUCUCUGUACAUAUCAAUCGCUGUUGAAGAGUUGUAACGGCUCAUUUCGCUUUAGAAGCCAGGGAGUUCAUCUUUCUGAUAAAUUCUCAAACUGGAUGGGGGCUGUACCACUGGAUUUAGAGGGCUUGGGUGAUGUCCAUAUUAUUCUUUGAGAAACUGCAACUGCUCUCCAAAUGUAUGGGUUUAUCAUCAUUUAUGUUUUUAUUGAAAUAUGCCUAUGCAGUCAAUCAUCUGUUAUACUCUUCAUUUGCAAACAGGGUGGGAGAAAUAUACUUAGUCAUCGUCC